UCAAAGCCUAAACAUAUUUAAAAGUGCCGGCAUUAGAGCGGAUGAACCAAUUACACAUUGUUCUCGGGAGUUGAGAAAUACAAUUCUUAUUUAAGUUUCGAGCUGAUUCCUACACAGUCAAAGCGAAAAAUGUUUGUUGUUGCUGUUAUUUUGCUCGCUGUCGGAGUAACUGCUUCAGCAAACGGACAAGUUUGCGGUGGUACCGUAACCGUUGACGAAAGCAGUCCCGUUGUCAUCCAGUCACCUAAUUAUCCCGAAGUCUAUCCUCAUGAUACACUCUGCACAUGGACGGUUCGUGGGGUAACCGGAAAGGGACUUCUCUUUAAUGCCAUUACCUUCGGUUUGGAAGGUUUUCCUUUUGGUAUCAGUUUUGGCUCAUGUAGUUACCUGGACCACCUCACAAUUGGCAAAACAGCAUUCUGUGGGGCACAAGGACCGAAUAAUCAUCAAACCGGCACUUUAGUUGUUGUUACAUUCCGCUCCGACGGAAGCGUUGCAGAUAUCGGAUUCCAGGUUUCGGUCAGCAUCGGCGCUGACCUCACACCCGGUGACGCCUGUGGAGGUGAUGUUGACGUCGAAGAAGGAAAAACUGCAUUCCUUCUUUCGCCGGGUUUCCCUGCUACGUAUUCCAAUAAUCUUGACUGUACUUGGAUUGUGACUGGACCGACUGGAAAAGGUCUUCAGUUGAACACUGUGACCUUUGACUCCGAAAGUGACUUCGAUUUUCUGGCAUUAUAUGAAACUGUCAACGGGAUUAUCACAGAAGUUUCAAGGUCUUCCGGAAAAGGACCUAACCGGGUUCGCAGCGUCACGAACGGCCUCACCAUCGUUUUUCGAUCCGACGAUGACAUUCAAGGCAGCGGAUUCAACGUUUCUAUCGAAGUCGAUCCCUGUCCGCUGGGCACAAAUCCAUGUCCCAGCGACAAAACCGUUUGCGUUGCUCCCUCCGCGUACUGCAACACUGUCUCCAAUGAAUGUCCCGGCAACGCUGACGAACAGUAUUGUCAUGCGGAGUGCGGCAUUCCUCCCAUCCCACCGGAUCUGAACUUAACUCGUAUUGUAGGCGGGGCGGAGUGUAUUCCCCACAGUUGGCCAUGGCAGGUGGCGUUUUUGUCAUCCAGUGGCUCUCAGUUUUGCGGCGGCUCACUGAUCAGCGACCGGUGGGUGAUGACAGCCGCCCACUGCUGUUCUGGACAGACUACUCUGAAUUCCAAAGUGCUGUUAGGAGGACACCGCUAUGCGAGCCCGGAAGAAGGGUCCAGAAUGCACACUUUGCGACAAAUCAUUCUGCAUCCUAGCUAUGGCAGUCGACCGGCAAACAGCUACGAUUUCUGUUUAUUAGAAUUGAACGAGCCAACCAAGUUCAGCCGCACGAUUGCGCCGGUGUGUCUGGCUUCGGUUAGCGACGGCACACCCGGCUCCAGGUGCUAUGUCACCGGUUGGGGCAAUGCGCGCAAACGUGAUGUGUUCGGAUUGGUGGUGGAUAGCCUUCUCGUAACCGCUGACACUGCGCACCGAUCGAAAAGCACAGUUCACGCACUACGCGGAACAGCCGUUGUCCACCAAGUAGAUGUCACCAUUACUGAGUCAUCGUACUGCAAUUCGGCCUACAAUGGCGUUAUCGACGACAGUAUGGUUUGUGCGGCUGCACCCGGCAAAGACACAUGUCAAGGCGACAGUGGUGGCCCACUUGUCUGCGAUCGCGCCGAUGGCCAGCCGGGAUUCGUUUUGGUCGGGGUCACAUCGUGGGGACGAGGUUGCGCUCAGCCCGGUUAUCCAGGAGUUUAUGGUCGGAUAGCGCACGUACUCGACUGGAUUACCGAAUCUAUCUACUCUGUCUAGAACAAAUUUGUUUUUUCGAUUCAUAUACUUAAGCAUUUACAACAGUUAACAAUAAUGGCAAUAAACGCAACAGGAAGA